UACUUUUGCUUCAGUCAGCUGUUUACUACUUGGCUGUGUUCAUUUACAAAUUUCGAGUAUUUAGUCUUUUGAAUAUUAAAAGUUAGAGGUAAGCUGGGCUUAUGCAACAUUUGUCAAGAGUCGAAAAAAUACACAUCCACGAAGAAUGAAUGUAUGUAAAAAUUUCAAGUACAUCCGAGUUGCUCGUGAUUGUCUACGCAACUUUACUGGACGUGUGACAACACCAAAAUCGUUAAGCAAUACAUUCAUUUUUGAACCGUUGCAACAGCGAGAGCUUAUUCGCGUCCAUGGUGCGGAGGUGGUGCCAUUUCUGCAGGGUCUUGUUACCAACGAUGUGUCGCGCAUGGAGGAACCCAACGGACCAUCAUCAAUGUAUGCGCUAUUUCUUAACCGGAGCGGUCGUCUACUGUACGAUACAAUUAUUUAUCGAACCAAUGAUCCGGAUACAUUUUUAUUGGAAUGCGAUAGAGAUGCAUCGUCGGAUGUCCGACGUCAUCUCCGCACAUAUCGCGUACGGAAGCGGAUCGAAAUCGACACCAUCGAUGAUGAGUAUAUACCAUGGGUGAUGUUCAACAAGAAUGGCAACGGAAAUGUACAAGUUCGCACAACAAAAGACUUGUUUAUAUCGCCUGAUCCACGUAUCCAUACUAUGGGUACGCGAGUCUUGGUUCCCGGCGAUAUUAAUGUCAACAAGCUAACGAAGGACUUGUGGUGCAAUCAUGAUGCCGUCGCCAUCGGUGCCACGCCCGAGUGCAAUUAUAAACUGCUACGCUACAGACAAGGCAUCGGGGAGGGCGUUAAAGAGUUACCUCCUGGCAAAUGCUUCCCACUGGAAGCUAACGCCGAUUAUCUCAAUGGUGUUAGCUUCAGUAAGGGCUGCUAUGUGGGUCAGGAGUUAACGGCUCGAAUUCAUCACUCUGGUGUCAUACGCAAACGUUAUAUGCCUAUUCGUUUCACGGCUCCCAUUACUAACCAAUUUACAGUCAAAUCUGCGGCAGGCGCAAAUGUGGGACGUGUCUUUGGGCAUGCUCACAAGCAUGGCGUCGCUCUGCUGCGCAUCCAGCCUGUGCUUAACAGCGAACAAGAAUUGAUGGUGGACGGGGAUCGUUGCUAUGUGGAUCGACCACAAUGGUGGCCCAAGGAGGAAGGUUUCAAGCGCAGUUUUGCCGUGGACUAAGCAUUGGAAACUUGAAUGCCUUUUAAAUUGUUUAUUAUUUUACCUUGUACCUACCUAUUGUAACUAUGAGCUAAUUACUAAAGUUGUGCUGUUAUUAGCCUA